GCAUUUGUUAUAAAAACAGUAUGCUCAUGAAUGUAACAUUUCAUAUAAAGACAAGGUUUUCUUUUCGUUCACAUGUACCAAUAUAACAUGCUGAUGGAUAAACGAAGUGGGAUUACCUUGCUGCUGUUGCUGUGUCAAAAUGCAUGUUUCCUCUCUGCAAGUAAUCCAUUACUACAAUCAGUGGCCUGUGAAGGACAAUCUGCAUCCCUCAGUUGUGACUGGGGAUUCAUACAUGUCAUUGAUGCCAAUUAUGGAAGGAAUGAUGGCAGGAUAUGCUCUGCUGGACAACGACAUGAGUCACUCUCAAAUGUUCACUGCUUCCAAAAAACAUCCCUCCAAACGAUGACCACAAGGUGUAAUGGAAGAAAAAGCUGUUCUGUUCAAGCAGUGAACUCAGUUUUCAAUGAUCCUUGUUAUGGGACCUAUAAAUACCUGCAAGUGUCUUAUCAGUGCCGCCCACUUAAACAAAGUGUAACUUGUGAAAGUCGCCAAAGUGUCAUUAAGUGUGAGAGUGGUGUUGUUGCUGUUCAUCAUGCCAAUUAUGGACGGCGGGAUCUUCAACUCUGCCCUGAUAAAUACGUGAAAAAUUCAGAUUGUUACUCUCCCCAGACUGCCAGUAUAAGUUCCAGGUGCGAUGGAAGAAAGUAUUGUGUUCUAACUGCUUCAAAUUCAGUGUUCCCUGAUCCGUGUUUCGGCGUCUAUAAGUACCUGGAAGUGACAUACUCCUGCAAAUGAGUUUAGCAUGAUUUACAUCAGUCGGUGAGGAAACGGCCUGGAAGAGCAGAAGCAGCACAUCCUUUUCUUUAGCACUGCCAUUUCUGUUUCUCUU